AGCUCUCUGCUCGUCGUCAUUGUCCUCCUCUCAAUCUCCAACCUUGUGCCCUAGAAAUCAAAACCUUCGAUUUCUCUAGUUCGAUUCUAAAUUAGGGAUAGGUUUAGGGUUUCUUGCGGAGAUAAUUGGCACGGAGGAUGGCUCAGGCAGUGGAAGAGUGGUACAAGCAGAUGCCAGUGAUUACGCGGUCGUAUCUCACUGCCGCCGUCGUCACCUCCGUCGGUUGCUCUCUCGAGAUUAUUACUCCCUACCAUUUGUAUCUGAACCCGAAGCUUGUACUCCAAAAUUAUGAGAUCUGGCGCCUCAUAACGAACUUCUUUUACUUCAGAAAAAUUGAUUUGGACUUCCUUUUCCACAUGUUUUUCCUUGCUCGGUACUGUAAAUUACUUGAGGAAAACUCAUUCAGGGGGCGAACUGCGGAUUUCUUUUACAUGCUUUUAUUUGGUGCUACUGUUUUAACUGGAAUUGUUCUCAUUGGUGGGAUGAUACCGUAUGUAUCUCAAAACUUUGCAGCAAUAUUUUUCCUUAGCAACUCACUGACUUUCAUGCUGGUUUAUGUAUGGAGCAAGCACAACCCUUAUAUUCACAUGAGUUUCUUGGGCUUAUUUACUUUUACAGCUGCUUAUCUACCUUGGGUUCUUCUGGGCUUCUCUUUUCUCAUGGGCACUAGUACAUGGGUGGAUAUUCUGGGUAUGAUCGCUGGUCAUGCUUACUAUUACCUCGAAGAUGUCUAUCCAAGGAUGACCGGCCGUCGCCCGUUGAAGACCCCUUCUUUCAUCAAAUCUCUAUUUGCUGAUGAUAAUGUUGUUGUGGCACAGCCAGCAAAUGUGAGAUUCGCCCCUCCAGCACCUGAGCUUCAUCAAGACUAAUUAUUCAUAUGCCAUAAGAUCUGCUGCUUGUUAGCAUGAGCAUCAGAUGUUAAAUGAUAUAUAUAUAUAUAUAUAUAUUUAUAUUCUUAGGUAUAUGAUUGUUUUUUAAUCUCCAUGUCCUAAUCCUUUUUGAAAUCAAAAUCUUGCAUGCUUUUGUGGUAUGUAAACAGCUAAAACAUAAGUUUUCUUAGCCAUUCUUGUGCAUAUAUGAAUGUAAUAGGUUGUUUAAUAAAUGUUGAAAUCCUGGUCUUUGUGCAA